AUUUCUCAGUCCUCCUCCUCCACAAUCCGACCCGACCCGAAUCUGGCCGGUGGAAAACAAAAUAUGGAGGUGCAAAGCAGCGACAACAAUGGCGAUGGCGGCGGUCACUCUUCUUUCUCCAGUCUCCGCGUCUACCUCAACUCUCUUUCCGAGACGCCUUCUCGCUUAUCCCGCCGUGUGAUUUCCGUCUCGACGUCUUCCGACGAGAUGAGCCGCGUACGUGCCGCGUCCGACGAGCAGAUGCGCCGUACUCUCCGGUGGUAUGAUCUCAUUGGACUCGGAAUCGGCGGAAUGGUCGGCGCCGGUGUAUUUGUAACCACCGGACGUGCCAGUCGCAUCUACGCCGGUCCUUCGAUCGUCGUCUCUUACGCCAUCGCCGGACUCUGCGCUCUCCUCUCCGCUUUCUGUUACACUGAAUUCGCCGUUCAUCUCCCCGUCGCCGGCGGCGCCUUCAGCUACGUCCGUGUCACAUUCGGUGAGUUUCCUGCAUUUUUCACCGGAGCGAAUCUAAUACUAGACUACGUUUUCUCAAACGCCGCCGUUUCGAGGAGCUUCACGGCUUAUUUAGGAUCAGCUUUCGGGAUCUCAACUUCCAAGUGGAGAUUCUUCGUCACCGGUCUACCGAAAGGAUUCAACGAGAUCGAUCCGGUGGCAGUUGUCGUAGUCAUCGCAAUCACCGUCAUCAUCUGUUGCGGCACAAGAGAGAGCUCGAAGGUGAACAUGAUCAUGACUGCAUUUCACAUCGCAUUCGUACUCUUCGUGAUCGUGAUGGGAUUUCUGAAAGGAGAUUCGAAGAAUUUAUCCGUACCGGCGAAUCCAGAGCAUCCUUCGGGGUUUUUUCCGUUCGGUGCGGCGGGUGUUUUCAACGGAGCCGCCAUGGUAUACUUGAGCUACAUAGGAUACGACGCCGUUUCAACCAUGGCGGAAGAGGUAGAGAAUCCGGUGAAAGACAUACCCGUGGGUGUCUCUGGCUCCGUGGCGAUCGUCACAGUGCUCUACUGUCUCAUGGCUGUGUCAAUGUCAAUGCUUCUCCCAUACGAUCUGAUAGAUCCGGAGGCGCCGUUUUCAGCGGCGUUCAAAGGAUCGAACGGCUGGGAAUGGGUGACGAAAGUGGUGGGGAUAGGAGCAAGCUUUGGGAUAUUAACAUCACUUUUGGUGGCAAUGUUAGGUCAGGCUCGAUACAUGUGCGUCAUCGGACGGUCCAGAGUGGUCCCCUUUUGCUUCUCUAAGAUUCAUCCCAAAACAUCUACGCCAGUCAACGCCUCCAUUUUUCUUGGCAUUUUCACGGCGAUUCUUGCGCUUUUCACCGACCUAAACGUCCUCCUAAACCUUGUAUCUAUUGGAACACUAUUCGUCUUUUACAUGGUAGCAAACGCUCUCAUCUUCAGACGUUACGUCCCUCUCCAACCCACCAAACCAUGGACCACACUUUCCUUCCUCGCACUAUUCUCCAUAACCUCGCUCGUCUUCACCCUCAUUUGGAAACUUGUGCCAGAAGGCAAGCCUAAAGCUUUCAUGCUUGGCGCCAUCGCAGUGGUGGCUAUAGCCAUGGUGUUGAUAUUUCAUUGCAUGGUCCCUCAGGCGUGGAAACCCGAGUUAUGGGGAGUCCCGUUCAUGCCGUGGACCCCGUGCGUGUCGAUUUUUUUGAACAUAUUUUUGCUUGGUUCGUUGGACGCACCCUCUUACGCCCGUUUUGGGGUCUUUUCCUGUUUGAUCGUGCUCGUGUAUUUGUUAUAUGGCGUUCAUGCGAGUUCUGAUGCUGAAGCAAAUGGGUCUUUUGGGGUACGGGAAGAUAGACAAGUCUUGAAAGAAUUGACCGAAGUAGUGUGAAAAGUAUCUAAUUUAUAUAUUUAUGAUUUAAAAAUUUUAGCCUAUAUAUGUAAUUAAACUCUCUAUUUUUUAAAGGAGGGGGUUUUGAAUAAUUAAUGACAGAUAAUUAAAUUAACUUUAGGGAAAAAGCUUAUAUAUGUAAACUCUCUUCAUUUUUAUAGAGGAGAGAAUUUUAAGAAAUGUAAUUACCCCUUGUGUUUUUAGAAAAUUU